CCGUUCUGUCUCUUCUAUUGGGCACGCUGCCUGCGGCCUGAGAAAUUUCAGCCAAUGGGAGCGGUCAGGAACUACCGGGCAAAGGGGCCGUGGCGCGCAGUAUAAAGGGCCUGGCUCUCGUUGCCCAGGAUUAUCUCCGACUCCGUGCGUCGAGGGGUGGAUCCCCCGGACCUGGACACGCAGUUCCGCAGGGCUCAGGAAGGCGUCCCCUCUCCGUCUUCUCUUCUCAUGAGUCUCCCAGAAGCUGUGAUGAAGUCGGGCAGUGUUCGGCCCGCAGUACCUACAGCAGGCCAAAGUCAACCCGGCUUCCCAAACGUGCGGCAUCUCACAAUUGAUGACUUUGAAAUCGGGCGUCCUCUGGGCAAGGGAAAAUUUGGGAAUGUGUACCUGGCUCGGCUCAAGGAAAGCCAUUUCAUUGUUGCUCUGAAAGUCCUCUUUAAGUCCCAGAUAGAGAAGGAAGGACUGGAACACCAGCUGCGCAGGGAAAUUGAAAUCCAGGCGCAUCUACAACACCCAAAUAUCCUACGCCUGUACAACUACUUCCAUGAUGCACGCCGAGUGUACCUGAUUCUGGAAUAUGCUCCAAGGGGUGAGCUCUACAAGGAGCUGCAAAAGAGCCACACAUUAGAUGAACAGCGUACGGCCACGAUAAUGGAGGAGUUGGCAGAUGCUCUGACCUACUGCCAUGAGAAGAAGGUGAUUCACAGGGAUAUUAAGCCCGAGAACCUGCUGCUGGGGUUCAGAGGUGAGGUGAAGAUUGCAGACUUUGGCUGGUCUGUGCACACCCCCUCUCUGAGGAGAAAGACAAUGUGUGGAACUCUGGACUAUUUGCCCCCAGAAAUGAUCGAGGGGAGAACAUACAAUGAGAAGGUGGAUCUGUGGUGCAUUGGGGUGCUCUGCUACGAGCUGCUGGUGGGAAAUCCGCCCUUUGAGAGCAAUUCCCACAAUGAGACCUACAGACGCAUCCUCAAGGUAGAUGUAAGGUUUCCCCCAUCAAUACCUUCAGGGGCCAAGGAUUUGAUCUCCAAGCUUCUCAGAUACCAGCCCUUGGAGCGGCUGCCCUUGGACCAGAUCCUGGAGCAUCCCUGGGUCCGGGCCCACUCCCGGAGGGUGCUGCCUCCAUCUGCUCAGAUGGCUUCCUGAGCCCUGUCUGCCCCUCCUCCCUUGAGUUUGUUCAAGGAGAACUCCCGUCUUUUGUUUCUUCUCUUUUAAGGUGCAAGAUGCUAAUUAAUAAAAGCUGAAUCUUUUUGUACCAGG